AUGUCUUUCAUGCCCAUCUCUGAUGCAGACACGACGCCGCUCGUGCUCAUCCACGACAUCUCAGGCUCGAUAUUCCCCUACGCGUCUCUAAGCAUGCUCCCCCCACUCGAAAAGCACACCAUCUCGGGCAUCUCCGCCGCCCCCUUCCAAAAGCCCGACUCCAUUCACGCCUGGGCACACACCUACGCCGCGCUCAUCGCCGACAGCCUCCCACCCCCGCCAUCAUCAUCAACGUCCACGACCGCAACAAAACCCACUGGCAGCCCCCGCACGCAAGUCGUCCUAGGCGGCUGGUCACUCGGGGGCCUGCUCGCAGCCGAGAUCGCGCGCAUAUUCGAGGGAACGCAGGAAUACGCGCACAUCGCCGUGCUCGGCGUCGUCCUGCUCGACUCGCACGCGCCAUGGCACGUCCACACGCGAGACAUGACAUCGGGGGCGCAGAACGCGGCGGCCAAUGGCUCCGAGCUGCUCGCGAACGGAACGCCCUACCUCUCGCCGGGGGAUAUCCAGGCCGUGUACGCCCUGCUGGCGCGGAGCACGCGUGCGGAGUGGCCGGGCCUAGACGGCGUGCGCUGUCCGUACUGGCUAAUCACGCCGACGCAGGACGGCGCGAAUGGGAUGGAGGAGUGGUUUGGGGAGGACAGGGCGGGAGAGGUGGUGAGGAUUGCGGAGGGCGAGGAGGGGUGCGAUCAUUUUUCGAUGAUGGAGGAUGACUGGAUCGAGCAGGUGGGCGAGGCGCUUGCGAAGGUGUUGGAUAAGGUCGUGCUGUGA